CAUCAGUCGGUUUGGGUAGCACUGUAAAAAUUGUUUACGUCUUACUGAACAGGUAGAUAAGUAUUUUGAAAAUGGAAUCAGCUAACCAGCUCGUGUCUGUUGGAACGUUUCAAGUGCUUAAAUUACCCCUUGGAUUUAUCCGCGUUUUGGAAUGGCUUUUUGCCAUUUUUGCAUUUGCAACAUGUGGAGGCUACAGUGGACAGCUGCGGGUUAGCGUUGACUGUCAGCUUGACAAGGCCAGCAGCAACCUCAGUAUUGGCAUCGAUUUUGCCUAUCCUUUUAGGUUGCACCAGGUGUCCUUUGAGGCUCCGCUGUGUGAUGGGAGGAGGAGGGAGAGUCUCUUCCUCAUUGGGGACUAUUCUUCCUCAGCUGAGUUCUUCGUCACCAUUGCUGUGUUCGCCUUCCUCUACUCCCUCAUGGCCACCAUAGUCUACAUCUUCUUCCAGAACAAGUACCGAGAGAACAACCGAGGCCCUCUCAUCGACUUCAUAGUGACCGUGGUGUUCGCCUUCAUGUGGCUGGUCAGUUCUUCGGCCUGGGCCCAGGCCUUGUCGGACGUCAAGGUCGCCACAGAUCCAGAUGAGGUGCAGGAGCUCAUAUCUGCCUGUAAGGUCAUGACCAACAAGUGUGGCUCAGUGCAAGGACCCCGUUGGUCAGGCCUUAACACCUCUGUGGUGUUUGGCUUCCUAAACUUCGUCCUGUGGGCAGGAAACAUCUGGUUUGUUUUCAAGGAGACUGGCUGGCAUAAGGGAGGACCUGCUCGGUACGCUGGAGCGCCACCCGAAAAACAGGCCGCGACCUUCAGCCAGCAGCAGCCCUACAACCAGGGCAGCUUCGACCAGUCAGGAGGCUACAGUGGCCAGGGAGACCGGGAGCAGGCAUCAGAAUACAGUCCUGUGGGCGAACCCACCUCCUACACCAAUCAGAUGUAGCCUUGCAGUCUGAUUGGCACAUCAGUGUUCUAUAAGGGCAAAUUCAAUCAGGGUUUAAGGAAGGAAGGGGUUGAAGGGAGGGAGGGGGCA